AGUGCUUCCACCAAGCCACACUUUCAACCAUCAUUCCAAGCCAUGUUUACCUGAUCUGAGUCACCAGCCUGCUUGGCUCGGAAGGCAGCCUAAAGCCAACCUUCGAGCCCUCGAGGCCUGGUGACGGUGAGACAGAAUGGCCUUAGUUCCUUUCUACCGACUACGUGCCUUCUACUACAAGUUUUAUGACUCUAGCGGAAAUAUUAACAUGAUCAGGCUCUAUCCUCCUAGGACAUCAACCAAUACUUUGUGCUUGGUCAUUGCACCCAUUAUAGCCUUGUUGUUGCCACAUCUUGACGCUCUUUACCUGCAAAGCACUACCAUGUUCAUUCUGCCAUGUCGGAUACCAUGAAUCCUUUGCGGACCAGAACUCACCCAUUGCCAGUGGACUUGUAUCGACCCAAGGCUUGCCAGCAACACCAUCCUUAAACCAUCCAUUCGUUCCACCAACAGCAACAUUGAGGAUCAGGAAAAAAUCUUCAUCAAAUGGUGCUGCCUUAUCGGUCGCCUGCGACCAAGGGUUGACAAUGGCUGUCCCGUUGGGUAGCGAGAGAGGAAAAUCCCCCCUCUUCCAAAAUGGAGUAUUGAAUCUAUUGUAGAGAACCUGCAAUAGGCGACUGUCGAGGUCGAGUGCAAUGCGUGCUGUUUGCCAAAUGUCCGCCACCAUGCGUCGUUGGCAGCAUUAGGACCCCAAUGGAGAGUCGAGCCUAUGAUGUUAUUUCCUCCCUCGGGAUACGUGUGAUUGUUACCACGAGAUUCUGCAACAUCAAUCUCUCCGCUCUGAGGCCAGACGCCAUAUACUGAGUCCGUCGGCAACAUCCAAAUAGCCGGCCACAGCCAGUCUCCCUGUGGCAUCUUGGCUACCACCUCGAUACGACCGUACUUGAUGUUGGCCCCCUUUUUGGUGGUGAUACGACCAGACUUCACAGGAUUUAUGAUCGUCCCAUUCGUGGUGUUGGUCACAGCCACACAAUUCGACCAAAGAUCUGAGGUACACGUUCCCAAUCGAGUAAGAUUGAGUACACUGUUGUGAGUGAGGAGAUCAACAUCCUGCAGCGUUGGUUGAAUAUGGAGGAUGCCAUCCUUGAUAAAGACGUUUUCGUCGGUUCCAGUUGUUUCCUCGAAUUGACCGUUGCCGAAUCCUCCGACUUCGACAUCUUUUGUCCAGAUAUUAGUAUCCAGUAUGCCCGCAGAAAAAUCAUCUUCAUAUACCAUGCAAUAUUUGUGCUUGGGUACGCUCUGGACUCCGAGGAAGAUAUAUACACCAGCGAUGAUCAGUCCAACAAUAACUCCGAGCAAAGGAAAUAUGUUCAGCCAUCUCUGUCGAGGAUCCUUCUUCCCUUGGAGCCAUGAUCGAUCAAUCUCAUUGUCCUUGACGCGACGUGAGCGAAAAUAGACUCCUGGCUUUGGAACCGCUUUUUCAAACACUGCGACCGAGGGACGAUGUUGGCCAGGCUUGCCCUGGGAUUUCUCUGACAUGGACUGGUGCCUACUGUGUAGACUCCGCGGCGGAUUCUGAGAAGGUAUUCCUCUAGUAACGCCGUCGCUCCAUAACCUGUUAAACGUCCACGGAACCUUGCUUACACCGGCCGACUGUGGUGAAUCCGCAGGCCACUCGUCACUAACGUGAGACACAGAUGCUGACCUGGAAAGAUUCAAGUUGUCUGCGAAUGGCCGAGAAGGUUGAGAUGUUCGUCUCUCGGAAUCGAAUUUUGGCUUUAUAUACUCCGAGAGGGAAUGGCGCUUCUCUUGCCGGCCUUGCUUGCUUAUUGAGGUUCUGCGCGUCUUCUCGCGAAGCACGGAUGAUUUCCCUGGAGGCCCUGAAACAGAGCCAUUCCUGCUCGCAAUACUGCUGUCAUUGGAAGUUGAAAGUUCAAGCCCGUUGACUCCCGCCGAGCUUCGUCUCCUGCCGAAAUCGAAAGCGGAAUUGCCAUUAGAUGGGAACCAUUCAGACCCGGAGGCAGUGGCGUUGUUCAGACUGGCUAAAUCCAACUCUGGGUGCGGCUUGGAAUAUCCAUGUCGACGCGGUCUUUCACCUGCAAUGUCUGGCUUGAAAUAAUUCUCUGCAAGGGAUUUUGAUCUUUCCCACGCAGAAGCCCUUCUUGAUCCAGUGUCCUUGAUAUCUUUUCCAGCUCCCGAUCUAGUGGACGACUUUCGACUUCCUGCAGGUGUGGAAAGACUUGUCGCUCCUGGCGCACCAGGACCAUCCCUCCAGCUAAAGUAACCAUUCCUGUCGACACCACUUUCAGGCCGUGGACUUCCAGGGCGCUGUGAUCCUUGUGUCUGUAUACGAGUUAUCGUUCUGCUCAGAGGUGGUGACAAUGGUGUUCCAGGUGAGGGCAAGUCUGAGGAGUCGUGGGAACGCUUUUUCGACAAUAGCUCAGCAACAUUGACAGUAUUAUAGUGAGUCAGAGGAAGUAGUGUGGCCUUGGUAUCAGUUUCCUCUGUGUUUCGUGACGUUCCUGUACUUGGAUUUAGUUCCACUGCUGGUGGGCUUUCGGAUUCCUCCAGCACAGUCUCUGUUAUCAAGAUUCCAUUCGGGUUGCUUGCUGGAGGCGGAUUAGUCCUAGAGCUUGUCCUGCUAAGUUGCAACGCAGCGAGAGCAGGUUCUUCGGAAGACUUGUUCCCGUCUGAUUCUUCCAGUAAUGGCUCGACGAUAGUCUCCUUGUUUCGACCUCUUGAAAAGGGCAUCUUGGGCAGGAUCGAGGGACGCCUCAAACCAGAUGCCUACCUCGGAACAGCAGAGGUAACCUGCUGUUUUUCAUCCGGUACAGUAGAGUCGUCGUCUUGCCUUUAUUGUCGCAUCACGUUUUCCUUCUGCUUCAUACUUACACUUUCAAUAGUAUUUUAAAGUAGGACCAAGGCGCCCAGGUCUGUGCGAGUUUGACGAUAUAAUGGUUCAGAUCGAUUGUCAACAUAUUGACCAGUCCUAGCUGAAUCCAAUCGCCUGUCAGGACCCACCAUCAGAUCCUAGUGCAGAGAUUCGUUGUCAAUGCACCGGCACAAUCUUCAAAUCUUCGAUAUCCGACUCGGACCUCCUGGAGGUCAAAGCACAUGGUAGGGCCAAAAUCAAGCAGCUCAACUCCAUGCGACGUCCUCAAAUAUUGACGAUUUAACUUCGUCGUUCUAUUCCACGUUUCUUCAGGAAUUUCAAAUAUGGAUCAGACCAAAGCAACGGAUUUCGCCAUACUCGCGUUAUUCGGGAAUCGGCAUCCAUCCGAUCCUUUAGAGCGCGGCCAAGACUACCUCUUUCAAUGGAAAGUCAAGUUAUUCAGAGUUCAAUGAUGAUGCGCUCAGUCUGGACGUUCUGUCCACAAAAUUCGAACAACAUGUGGCUUGAGUUCGAUUGACCAAGUAGGUAUGACGACGAGGAGGCCGAGGUGAUGUGGAUUGGUAAGUGCAGUCCUACUUUGAUAUUGUUCUGUGGUUCUAGAAAGCGUCCGUUCUCAAAAGACUCGAGUCUCUUGGUUCUCUCUCCCAACUUGAGCGCACUUGUUUUGUGCAGGCCUUUCUUCUGGUUGUUGUAGCAAUGUCCCCGGCGACUCUACAUCCUGGGCCGCGACGCCCAAAACCCAUUCAAGUGCCAACCUUGGACACUAUCCAUCAGCUAGAUGACAAUGACGAUGAAGAUGUGGCACCAGAUGUCAUCCCUGAUGCCGCACAACGAGUUGCUUCGACUACAUCUUCAAAGGUCAAUGGUGGCGAACUUCCCCCCAACUAUGUCAAGUUCGAGGUAAUGCUCUUGUACCUUCGGCAACAACAACUCGAAAAGCGUUGGGCAAUAGAGAACAACACGACCGAGGGUGUGAUCUUAAGAAGAGGUAAAGACGAUUACAUCUGCAGACCCUUGGAACUACCCAAGCAUGUGAAUGGGUUUUAUGACGAAGCAACGAAGCUCAAUGUCAAAGUUGCAAUGACAGUCAGAACUACAGUCAUCCAGACGUUUCUCAGUUCGUACAAACACCAGUAUGUACCUUUUAACAAUGGCCAACGUCUUCGGAUUAUCGACAGUAUCAGUGAACUCUCUUUCAGCAAGCGACACUACUAUGCAGCAUUUGUCCGAGGCCAAGGUCUACUUGUUGUCUGGGAUGAGGAUCCCACUCUCUUGUUCGAUAGAGCGGAGCACAUCCAGAGAUAUAUUGUCAAUAUGUUAUGGACCGCAGAAGAUCUUGCUGGUGAAGGCGACGAUGAAGACGACAUUGAGGACGAGAAAACAAUGAUUGGCCUGGCACCCAAGCAAGCUGAGACGGCUUCUGGAAACUACGUUAUCGACCCUGAGUCGAAGGCCGGUGAGGUAUGGGAGAAACCUAGGAAAAUAGUGCUUUAUCAGUCGAUACUGGUAGGCCUAGUCGCAAUUCUAACAAUAUUCUGUCUGGCAAUCGGAUGGAGAAGGAUUGCCAUCGAGAUUACUAUCGAUCACAGCUAUGUCCGACUCGCCAUUCUCAUAGCCGCACCGUUGGAAGCGUGGCUGGGAUGGUUCUUCUUCAUGACAUUGGUCAAUGGCGUUUCUCAGAUUAUUGGUCCCGUCGCCCAACUCACCAAAAAUUCAAAGUUUUACUCAUCAAGACCUCCGGUCCGUCUAACCAAGAAAGACCUUCCUCAUGUUACAAUUCAAUGUCCGGUCUACAAGGAGGGUCUUGAGGCAGUCAUUCAUCCUACUAUGGUGUCAAUCAAUAAGGCAAUCUCGACCUACGAACUCCAAGGCGGCAGUGCCAACAUUCUAAUCAACGACGAUGGCUUGCAACUCAUCUCCGAGGAACAUGCUCGUAGGCGACUGCAAUAUUACGAAGAUAACAAUAUUGGAUGGAUCGCCCGUCCGCCGCAUCAGCCCAAGGGAGAUGAAAAUGGUGAGAACGUGUACGUGCGCGCCGGCAAGUUCAAGAAAGCCUCAAACAUGAAUUACUGUCUCGACGUGAGCGUCCGAAUCGAGGACAAGAUGGCCCAGACUAUACGCACACCGACUUGGACCCAGGAGGACGAAAAUCUACUCUAUCAGCAUUGUUUCGACGAGGUCAUUAAAGAGGAUCAAGGUCGAACUUGGGGCAACGGCGACAUACGAGUAGGCGAUUAUAUCCUACUUAUUGACUCCGACACUCGCGUUCCGGAGGAUUGUCUCCUCGACGCCGUUUCGGAGAUGGAAGCCUCACCAGAAGUCGCCAUCAUUCAGUAUUCCUCAGGCGUACUCAAUGUUACGACCAGUUUCUUCGAACGGGCCAUCACCUUCUUCACUAACUUGGUUUACACUGCCAUUCGUUUCGCUGUUGCCAAUGGCGACGUCGCGGCUUUUGUAGGGCACAAUGCGAUCCUCAGGUGGUCGGCUGUCCAGGAUGUCCGAUACUCUGACGCAGUCACUGGAUCCGAGAAAUAUUGGGCCGAAAAUACCGUCUCGGAAGAUUUCGACAUGGCUCUCCGCCUUCAAGGUCGAGGCUACAUCCUCCGCUUUGGCACGUACUGUGGCGACAAGUUCAAGGAGGGUGUCUCGUUGACCGUCUACGACGAACUGGCUCGUUGGGAGAAAUACGCCUACGGGUGUGCCGAGCUUGUAUUUCAGCCGUUUCGGUACUGGUUCGUCCGGGGUCCCUUUACGCCCAUGUUUCGACGUUUCAUGUGCAGCCCGAUGAGCCUGAUGGGCAAGAUCACCAUCAUGGCGUACGUCGGCACCUAUUUCGCCAUCGCGUCCGCAUGGCCGCUCACCGUCAUGAACUACUUCCUCAUCGGCUGGCUGAACGGGUACAUCGACCAGGCCUACGUGAACAGUUUCAACAUCUACUUUGGCAUCGUGGUCGUGUUCCAGGCCUUGGGCACCGUCAGUCUGGCCGUGCUGCGGUACCGCACGGAGAACCGGUCCCUCUUGGGCUCGUUGAUCGAGAACCUCGCCAACCUUUUGCUGUUGACCGUCUACCUGGGCGGCCUCAGCCUGCACGUGUCCCAGGCCAUCCUGUCGUACUUGUUCAGCAUCGACAUGACGUGGGGCGCGACGGCCAAGGAGGCCGAAAACACCUCGUUCUUCCGCGAGAUCCCCGUGAUUCUGAAAAAGUUCAAAUUCACGUUUUGCUUCUGCCUCGUUUCCACCACGACCAUGAUCGUCAUGGCCGGCGUCGGCCCCGUGGGGGCCCUGGUCCCGUACGACUGGCGGAUCACGACCUUCACGGCCAUCUUCCCCUUGGCCAUAUUGACCGUCAAUCACUUCUUGUUGCCGUUGGCACUGAAUCCUGGAUUGAUGCAAUUUACCUUUUAAAAGAUGGAGAAAAUCUAUAGAAGAGUACAAAGUAUAAAAUUCUAGACAAAUUCUAGACAAAUUCUAGACGCCAGAGUUCUAGAUCUCAG